AUGGUCAACGCCAGCUGGCAGAAGUACACUCCACCCUUUUGGUCUACUCUCGUCGCGUCCGCGAUUUUGAGAGUGGGACUGAUUUCCUACAGCGAAUGGCAUGAUGCCCACUCCACCGUGAAAUACACGGACGUCGACUACCGCGUCUUCAGCGACGCUGCGCGAUUUUUGCUUCAACCAAACGGGACCCAGCUGGACAAUAUAGCCAGAGGCCCGAUAGCGAGGCGAUUAGGCUUGUCCAGUCCUUACACUCGUGAAACGUACCGGUACACGCCGUUGUUAGCACUAUUGCUGCUACCCAACGAGCUGUUGCACCCAUCGUUCGGAAAGUACCUGUUUGCUGCAUGCGACCUUGGCACCAAAUCACCAGCCUCACUGCUAGGAAAUAAGUCGCGGACGACUGUUAAACCACAGGAAGCAUCUCAGAAUAUCGAGGAACGCAGUGCUAUGGCAAGCUUCCUCGCUGGGACCCACCUCCUAAAUCCUUUGGUUUUCAGUAUAUCAACGCGCGGUUCCUCCGAGUCCAUUCUAUGCACAUUCAUCCUCCUCACACUUUAUUUUGCGCUGAAGCGUUGGUGGGACACUGCUGCCAUUUUACUAGGUGUAAGCACCCAUUGGAAAAUAUACCCCGUCAUUUAUGGUGUUAGUUGUAUCGCCACUAUCGCAUCGCAGACGCGGAGGGCAGACCAGGGCCACCGACUCUUACGGGGACUUUUUGGCAAAGAAAGCAUGCGCUUUGCGAUUAUCAGCGCGUCUACGUUCUUUGCUUUAGGCGCCAUUUGCUAUGCAUUAUGGGGGUACCCGUUUCUACAUGAAGCAUUCCUCUAUCAUAUGCACCGACUGGACCACCGGCACAACUUUUCGCCGUAUUUUUAUCUCACGUAUCUGACUUAUCCAGGGCAAGGCGGUGGAGACUUGUUGGAGAUUCCGCUAUGGCGUCGAUUCCUUCGCUCCCCACUCAUAAGUCUUAUCCCACAGCUCACUCUCUCCUUGGGUCUCGGUAUCCUCUUCGGCCGGCAACCAGUAGAUCUUCCAUUCGCGUGGUUCGCGCAGACUUAUGCUUUCGCGCUGUUUAACCGUGUCUGCACUUCUCAGUAUUUCUUAUGGUACACCCUGCUUCUCCCGUUGAUUGCUCUACGCAUUCGGUCACCGUGGCUUUGUGGAGUCGUUUGGGCUGGAACACAGGCCUUGUGGCUUGCAGGAGCAUACAGACUCGAGUUUCUAGGGGAGAACGCAUACUUUAGUCUUUGGCUGAGGGGUUUAGUUUACCUGGCCGGUCAUACAUGGGUGUUGGCGAAGGUCAUCGACGACUACGCCGUGGGUGCUUCGUAUACUGGUACGUAG